UGCAAAGGCGACUAUCAUGGACAGGCUGCUCCUGAUCCAGCUUCUGAUGGUGGGGAGCACCGCAGCCCAGGUGGAGGCCUGCCCCUUUCACUGUGUCUGCCAAAAUCUCUCGGACUCGCUCAGCACCCUCUGCGCCAACAAGGGGCUCCUCUUCAUCCCACCCAACAUCGACCGGCGGACGGUGGAGCUGCGCCUGGCGGACAAUUUCAUCCGGGUGGUGGACCCAUCAGACUUCCUGAACAUGACGGGCCUCGUGGACCUUACCCUCUCACGGAACACCAUUGACACCCUCCGCCCCUUCGCCUUUGGGGACCUGGAGAGCCUCCGCUCGCUCCACCUGGACAGCAACCGGCUGACAGAGAUCAGGGAGGAGGCUCUGCGUGGGAUGCUGAACCUCCAGCACCUCAUCCUGAACAACAACCAGCUGGUCAACAUCUCUGGGGCUGCUUUUGAUGAUUUCUUGUUGACUCUGGAAGACCUGGAUCUGUCCUACAACAACCUGCACAGCGUCCCCUGGGAAGGGAUCCGGGGGAUGCUCUGCCUUCACACGCUGAACCUAGAUCAUAACUUGAUCGACUUCAUUAUGGAAGGAACCUUUGAUGAACUUUACAAACUCUCAAGGCUGGACAUGACCUCCAAUCGCCUUUCCACGCUGCCCCCUGACCCGCUGUUUGCCCGCUCCCAGAUCGGGGCCGUCAGCCCAACCCCCUUCACCGCGACCAUCGUGCUCAGCUUCGGAGGGAAUCCUCUGCACUGCAACUGCGAGUUGCUGUGGCUGCGGCGCUUGGUGCGAGAGGAUGACAUGGAGACCUGCGCUUCGCCCCAACAAGUGGCUGGCCGGCAUUUCUGGUCUGUGCCCGAGGAGGACUUCACUUGCGAGCCCCCUCUCAUCACCCGGCACACCCACAAGCUCUGGAUCUUGGAGGGCCAGAAAGCCACCCUGCGGUGCAGGGCCAUCGGGGACCCGGAGCCAGUCAUCCACUGGGUCUCGCCCGAGGACAAAAUCGUUGCCAACUCCUCCAGGACCGUGUCGUUCCGCAACGGCACCCUCGACAUCUUGGUGACCACCAUCCGUGACGACGGGGCCUACACCUGCAUUGCCAUCAAUGCUGCCGGGGAGUCAACAGCCACAGUGGACCUCAAAAUCAUCCCCUUGCCUCAUCGAGGGAACGGCACCGUUACUGUGCUGCAGCAGGAUCCCGGCUCCUCUGACAUCACCACCUCCGCCAAGAGCUCUGCCAAUGCCACCCAGGAGGCUUCCGAGAAGAGAGUGGAGGUCCUGGACGUGACUGCUACAUCAGCACUGGUGCGCUGGGUGGCGGAUAAGUCAGCCUACCCGGCCUGGAUGUAUCAGAUCCAGUACAACUGCACUGCAGACGAUGCCCUUGUUUACAGGAUCAUCCCCACCAGCAGCCAGCAGUUCACCCUUAAGUAUCUAGUGCCGAGCAUGGACUACGACCUGUGCGUCUUAGCCAUCUUUGAUGAUUUGGCCACAUCUCUGGCAGCUACCCACCUGCUGGGCUGUGCCCAGUUUACCACCCAGGAAGCCUACCCAGACUGCCAUUCGCUGCACGUCCACUUCCUGGGGGGGGCCCUGACGGUGACGGUGGGAGGCAUCAUCGUGGCCUCCUUGCUGGUCUUCACAGGAGUCGUGAUGGUGAAAUACAAGGUCUGCAGCAGCAUCCACGGGAGCCUGCCCAGGGUCAGCAACACGCACUCGCAGACCAACGGUGGGCACCUGAAUGGCUCGCUCCCCCAGCGGACGCCCCCCAGGGAGCGCCAGCAGGGCUGGGCCAAGGCAGGGGCACCCGAGGGUCCCGAGCACCGGAAGGGAGGACCUGCCCGGAAGCCCCUGGCUGUGGCCAAAGCCAGGCGCAGCAGCUCCUUGGACAUGGGGGACGUCUGCUCCAGCUCCUGCUACAGCUACGCCAAGCGCCUGAGCUUCGUGUGGGCCAAGCGCAGCCAGUCCGUCCAUGGGAGGCUGGCGCAGUGUGCGCCCAUCGAGGACAGCACUGGCAAGAGGCCUGGGCCCUUCCUCAAUGUGGACAAGUUGGAAGAAAGCGUGGUAUAGCCAUAGCUGGGUGCCCGCAAGUGGGGAGGACCUACAUGCUACCCCUAAAGCAUCUGGGACCGCACCCCCACCUGG